AUGAGUUACAUAGUUUCAUGUCUGGUCGGCAAUUUCCUGGUCGGCUUGAGCGCGGCAGUCCCAGUACUCACAGAUCCCGAGCCUCGCCGCAACUUUAUCGCCGAAGCCGGACUUGCCGUCACGGAUAACUACCAUCCCUUGAUCAGAGUCCCACUAGGCCGCGAUGAUCUGCUUCAGCAACAGCACUAUGCGGACGACCAGGAUGAUGACCUUGGCCCACGCCAACUCGGUCCCGGCUCCGGGUCCGGGACAGAUCACGUCCGGGCGAUCCCGACGCAGACAGAGUACCUCAUGCAAGUCGGUGUCGGCGGCGCCAAUUGGUCCAUGAUACCCGAUACGGGCAGCUCGGAUACCUGGCUCAUGUCCUCGGCGUACCAGUGCCUGGACCGUUCCCAUGCCGCGCAGGCACAAACGUACUGCAACUUUGGACCCUUGUACCCGGGCGCCUUCUCUGGAGGCAAGAUUGCCGGCCAGCACAUGAAUAUUACGUAUGGCGGCGGCGACUCACUUAAUGGAGACUUUGGAUAUGCCGACGUCACGGUAGCUGGGUUGACAGUCCCAAAUCAGCAAAUCUCCCUCGUUACUUCUGCCAGCAUUCGAGGCAAUGGCCUCAUGUCUGGAAUCCUCGGCCUGGGUCUGCGGGGGCUCACCACGGCGUAUCUGGGCACGGAUCCCUCGGCCGACGGUGAUGCCAACGCCGAAAGAUAUCCACCUCUGGUCGAGACCAUGAGCGUCAACGGGACCAUCUCGCCCGUCUUUAGUGUCGCCAUGUCUCGAAAUGAUUCACGCUCAUUCAUCUCCUUUGGUGGAGUUCCUCCAAGCAUCAAGACCGGGGAGUUUGCUACGGUGCCCAUCUCAAAGAGUAUCGAUCUAAUGUCUGCCUACCUACAGAUUAGUAUCAACCACAAAACGCCAGAAUACCUGUACUACGGCCUCAAGCCCGAAAGUGUCACUUUCAACAAUACGGAGACGUCGUCAAACUGGACUCAACCCGGUCUGAUGAUUGUCGAUACCGGUACAACCUUGACAUACCUACCAAAAGAUGUGGCCGAUGGCAUCGCGAACCUCUUUUCUCCUCCGGCCCAAUACUACGGCAGUGGAACCUACACGGUACCCUGCGACGCCACGCCGCCAACAGUCAAUGUAGGGCUUGGUGGCAAGAAAUUCAGCAUCGACCCCAGCAGUCUCAUCUUGCCCGAGACGAGGAUGCCCGAGUUUGACGCCGACUACUGCACCAUCGGUAUCGCUCGGGGUUCUGGGACGUAUAUCCUGGGUGAUGUGUUUUUGCAAGAGAUGUUGGUCGUGUUUGAUGUUUCUGACAAGAAGGAGAUGAAGUUUGCUCAGAGAGUGGACAAGUAA